AAAAGAAUCUCGAUUAAAAACCAAUGACACUUCGGAUCCUCCGGCAGCAGCGACAGCAUAACAAACUAGCACAAUUAAAAUGGUUCAAGACACCUGCUCACUGUCAUUACCGCUAUCUAUCGUCGUCAACAACGACGAAGUUGUCAAUGGCUGCUGCACCGCCACCAACAACGACUACAGAACAGAUUCCGCCGGCCGCGUUUACCCCAUUACAAAAGCUCGCACCGACAUUUUAUGCUCGGGGCAAUGAUAUUACGCCACUGUAUGAACCCCACGCGUUUUAUACCGAACUCAAGACCCGGAUCUUAAAUGCAAAAGAGCGCGUGUUUAUUGCUGCACUAUACAUUGGCCACGCAGAACAAGAGCUGGUAGAAACUUUACGCGAGGCCCUGCGUCGAUCUGAUCGAUUACAAGUUUACAUUUUGAUCGAUUGCCUACGGGGAACGCGUGUCUCAAAAGGCAAGAGCUCCGCCACAUUGCUCCUAUCGUUGAUCAAGGAGUUCCCGUCUCAAGUCCAGGUGUCAUUGUAUCACACACCGGAUCUGACGGGCAUGCUUAAGAAAACCUUACCGCAGCGGUUUAACGAAGGAAUUGGAUUAAUGCAUUUGAAGAUCUAUGGAUUUGAUGACUCUGUCAUGCUGAGUGGUGCCAAUCUCAGCCAAGACUACUUUACGGAUCGACAGGACCGUUACAUGGUCUUCGACAACAACCGCAAAUUAUCAUCCUACUAUCACGACUUGUUGAACACAGUACGCUCCUUUUCUUAUCAACUCGAGCCAGGAAUGAAUGAAAUGGUACCUUAUCGAUUAGUCAUGGAGCACGGUACGAUGGAUCCUGUAUUCGAAAGUCGACGUUUCAAAAAGCAAGUACAUGGCCGGCUGGUCCGGUUUAUCCAAAAAUACAAGCAACAAGCACCAUCACAAAUAGAAGGAGGAUUAUACGACACAGCGGUAUUGCCUGUCAUCCAAAUGGGCCCUUUUGGUAUACGCCAGGAUGAAAAAACAACACUACGGUUACUGGAGAUUGCACAUGAGAAUGGCGACUGGACCAUCGAUUUGACGUCUGGCUAUUUCAAUUUCACGGACCGGUACAAAGCGUUCAUACUGCGUACCCAAGCGCGGUUCAGAUUUUUAACGGCUUCACCCGAGGCAAACGGAUUCUUCAAUUCGAAAGGCGUGUCGAGAUAUUUGCCACCUGCAUACACUUGGAUCGAAAAACAAUUUUUCAAUUCCGUGCAAAGAAGUGGAAGGGAAAAUGAUAUCACCAUUGAGGAAUACAAGCGACCGGGCUGGACUUAUCAUGCCAAGGGAUUAUGGGCCUACUUGGGCGCACAAACUCGUCCAGUGCUGACUAUGAUCGGUUCUCCCAAUUUUGGACAUCGUUCGAGUGAACGGGAUCUCGAGGCACAAGCAAUAGUCAUUACACAGAACAAAAGGUUACAAGAAGCAUUGCACAAGGAAGUUAAACGAUUACAUGAUUACUCGGAACUGGUCACCAGGGACACAUUCACUAAGCAGGAUCGGCUAGUGCCGUACGGCGUCAGAGCUGCUACAGCUAUGAUAAAGACCAUGCUUUAAAAGUUGAUUACAAGAUAAUAGAAUCACCAUAGAAAAAAAAUAAAAGGAAGUGAAUCACAUGCAAUUUCCUUCCGGAGCAAAAAAAAACAACGCAGUUCGGCCGUCAUGCUUCUUCCUCUGUUCGCGCUGUCUCUUGCUCCGGCCCCCCAGUUAGCGCACACACAUGCUCUCUCUCUCUCUCUCCUCUAAUUCCUUGUGGAUGGUAGUACUAGUGUGUAUGCCACUCUUUUUCUCGUGACA